UAUUAACACUCCCCAAAAUCACCUGGCAGGAAAUUAUACGCGCCUGCACCACACUGUCCACAAGGUCCGUGUAAAUCGCAAGCAUGGUCGCAAUGGAUUCAAAUCAAGAGGUUCAAAAGACUUUCGAGUCAGACUUCAAAUCUCUUUCACAUAAGGAAGCCUUAACUGUUUCCAGAAAUCUUUUAGAAGAACUACUUAAAGACCCCCUUCUUCAAGAUAUUCCAAAAGAUACAACUGCAAGCGAGUUGCAAGCAAAACUUGACCUUGAAAAAGGCAGAGCUUUUAUCGUCAACCUGCGCAGAUCUUCAGAAGAAGGAUUUGAACACAUACGUAGCAUGCAGCAUGGGAAUCACCCAACACUGCGAAGUGGCCCUAAGCUAGAAUGUAUGUACUGUUUUGAAGCUGACACUCAAAAUACAAUACGAGACGUCAUAUCUGAUUUACAGGGACAAACACAUGUGACAACAUUGUAAAUUUUUUUUUUGGUGUAUAUAUAUCUAUUGUUUUAUUAUAUUUGCUAUUUACAUUAGAAACAACUAAUAAAUAUGGCUGAAAUUUUUGAUGACAACUUAAAUCUUGUUAAAUUAAAAAAUAUAGUUAGAUGAGGUAAUCGUUACGCACUUUUUAAAUAAUCAUGAACUACGGUCGCUGUUCUAAUCGUUACGCAGUUCUUUUGUUUUAUUCAUGCAAAAUUAGUUUCUUGUAACAUAUUCACCAAAUAUGAGGACCAUAUGGAAGCGCUAUCAUGCACUUUUUCACAUAAAACAAUGCGUAAUGAUUAGAUCGAAAAAACUCUAAUCAUUACGCAUUUUUUUAUAUUUUUUACGCAGGUGCGUAAUGAUUAUAACACCCUGCGCAAUUAAUAAAAUAGUUUGUUACGCACCUAAGAUCUAAUGGUUACGCACGCUAUUUACGUAGCAGUGUAGUCUGGAUUAGUCUAUUUGUGCCUUUUUUAUCUUUUUGAAUAUUAGAACUACAACCGUCAAUAAUUUCAAAGAGGUGCAAUGGAAAUAACUAAUAAAAUAUAACAGGGAAUUGAAACAAUACAACGUGUAGUGUGGCGAAAAUGACCUUGAAACUUCGGCUUUUAUUUUAAACAGGGAAAAUACCGGCAGUUAUACAACAACUACAUUUCAUUUAAAUCACUCUCCCAUUUGCAUCUUUCCGAAACAUGCAUUGCGUCUCUGUUCUUCUUUUUUAUCCUUUCGAACAAUUCUCGAACUUGAGGAUACUGUGGGAACUCCCAUUUGUCACCACCCAAAAAAGUUGCAGUUAAUGGCCCACAGAUAACAUUUUGGACAGCGAAGGUGUCGAUAUCUUCCCCUACAGCUGUUCCAAACUCGCUUGUUUUUUUUAUUUCCCGAAGGAUGUUGUCAGCUGUCCCCAACUUUUUUUGCAGACAUUCUAUCUCUAAUCCUGCAGCAACACCGUUUUCAUCAUACAAAAAACGCGUGAGGGCUUUUCCUAUGUACAAACUAGGACCUCUCUUGGUGUCGUAAAUGCAUGUGUACCAUUUACCAACCACAUCGCAUUCUUUUGUUGGCGAAUUUAAAAACUUCCACGUUUUUUCCAUUGACAACAGUGUAUCUGUUGAUUCAUCCUGGACAACGUCCUCUUCGCUUUCCUCUCUUUCUCCUUCCUCUUCUUCCUCUUCUUCAUCUUCUUCUUCGCUCGAGGUAAUCUCAUCGGUAUCGCUGUCGUCUUCCUUGUUUAUUGUAAUUUUCUGCUUUCCCUUUUUGCUCGCAAUUGCAAUUUGUUGUUUCUUCCUUUCUCUUUCUUCUUUUCUUAGCAACGCCUUUGCUUCCCUUUCUUCUCUCUCUCGGGCUUUUCGUUCAAGCUCUUCGAGCAGCUCUUUCUGCGUAAUAACCUACAACAUGGACAAUCAAUUAGUUAUUUUUAAUGUGAAAUGCAAAAUCAUUAAUGUACUUAUUCUUAAAUAAUAUUUUACCUUUCCGCGAAGAUCUAACUUUUGUCUUCUUUUCUUAGGCUGAUCUACUGAACCUUUUACUUUAUCGAGGAACAGCUCUUCAAAUACCUCAGUCGAUUUUGGGGUGGACUGGUUAAUUGGUGACAACUUCCAACCAUUUGGAAUCCAGCAGAAGCCUGUAGGUGCUGUAUAUGGAUAUGGUCCAAGCAAACUCAGACUUUGUCAAUUGGCUUUUAGCACCAUGUGUUGUCACGCGUAAAUGGAGGCGCUUCUCCCAAGCACGUUUUAAGGGUCCAAAACAUGCAACAUCUAGGGGUUGCAUGACAUCCGUAACAUGUGGAGGGAAUUUCAUUAUAAUUAUAUCGUCUUCCAAUGCUUUUUUAAUGACAGAUAUGCUGAUAUGGGUAAGGUGCCCAUCAAACACCAGUAACAAUGGUCUUUCUGUUACGUCCUUAGUGAAUUUGGCGAACCACAUGGAAAAAACUUCCGUGUCCAUCCAACCGUUUUCAGACUUGGCGUAAAACGUGUUGAGUAGAGCCUUGUUCCCGUACCACGUACUUUGCAUAUUUUUUCCAGUGAAUAUAAUAAGAGGGUCAAGUGCCACUCCAGCUGCAUUACAAACACCGAGUACAGUGAUGUUUUCUCUCCCAGCGCCAUACCGUAAUUUAAGGGCACGCUGUCCCUUCACUGAGACAACUUUCCCUUUUGAUGGAUCAGUUGGGAAAGAACUUUCGUCACAGUUCCAGAUCCGUUGUGCAUCCAGAUUAGGGUAUUUCUCGAAGAUCUAAAAAUAUCAUUUUACUAUACAUCUUGCACGGUCAAAUUAUAAACGCUGUUUUCUAGAAAAGCGUACCGUCAAUGACGCAUAUAUUACCUGUUCCAAUUGAUCGUAGAAAUCAAAAAUUAUAAAUGGAUUGGAUGUGUUUGCUUUACGGGCAGUACUAAUCAUCUCAGCCUUCUUGUGACUCAGUCCAUUUCUUUUCAUAAAGCUCUUUAUCCACACCAAACCAGGCCUUCCAUUUUUAAACUGGAGUGAAAUCGUCCCUGUGACUUUAAUGUAUUCGGCAACAAGAUCCUAAAUAAUAAAUUAAAUGAUGAUACAAAUAUAAAUAGUGACAGAAUUUCCAACAUUCAGUUUUAAACCCUUACAAAAACAGCUUUUAGCUUACCAAAAUUUCAUCCAACGUAGGACUAAAACCAAGGUUACAUACAACACCAAUGCACUUAGCUAGCCGGGCCUCCGUUUCUGCAUCGAAAACACAUUUCCGCCCAAACUUUCCUAAUUUGGCUCCUUCCUUGCGUUUUUUUAAACGAAAUCGCAGCGUAGAAUCGUUGAUACCAUGACGUUUUGUUAUGCCUCUGACUGAUGCAUUCGGCAUAGAAUCGAACUCUUGAAGCGCUUCCUGGAGGUGCACUUCUGUCCACGCGUCCACAACUUUCUUAGCAACUUUUCUGCUACCCUGCUUUUUUCUUCGACCACUCUUUGAUACACGUUUUUUUGUUUUCAUUGUUAAGCCGUCUAGACAAACUAUAAACACGAUAAAACACAGUAUACAUUCCCAAAAAUACUCACUGUGGUCUCUCAUCCAAGAAUAUGGUAAAACAAGUGUUUAGAAAUUAAAAACAAACAUAGCAAAACAAAAAAUUCUACCUUCUCCCAGUACGAAUUGAUCUGCAAAAGAGUUUGUUACUAGAAUCUUGUCUUGUUAAGGAAUUAUUGACCAAUUGGCGCCAAAGACCUUCACAAAAUACCAUAAAAGGAAUGUUUACCCCUUCCAGGCAAUUAUAACAAGGCAUAAAGUUCUUAGCUAAAGACGUUAAACAAGAUUUCUAGUAGUCUCUCUAACUUUGCUUUGUGCGUAAUGAUAAUAUUAUGCCCAAUGAUUUCUUGAUUUAAUCAUUGCGCAUCGUUUUUUUGCCCCGGGCGUGAUUUUUACAUAAAAAGGCCUCCAAGAAUCAAUGGACGAGGUUCGGGUCUGUAAUUUAGCACAGUUUUUUACCAGUGGACCGUGCUAACAAAAAUGGUAGAGGAAAGUUAGUGAAGUGAUUCGGAAAGUUGAUAUUGGACUUUUUUGGAGUGGUGUUGGAAACAUCAAGAUUUCUCUGGAAGAGUCGUCGUAUGGAAUAAUUUAAUUGGUUAAUAUAGCGGAGGAAUCAUUUCAGUUAGUUUUUUCAUUCUUUAAUUUUAUUUUAAACCUUGUUUUAGUUGCGAAAUUAACAAACUUAAAAAUGCGUAAUGAAUAUAAAUGCGUAAUGAAUAUAAAUGCGUAACGAUUACCUCAUCUGACUAUACAAACAAAAGUAAAGUUUGUGAGCCUGGAAGCAGUCCCACUAAAAAAAGGUGCCGAGGAAAGGAAUUCAUGAAAAAUUCAGCUGCCAGAAGCGACUGUCGCUAUAAAAGAAGAAAUGGAAUUUUAAAUAGUGUUUCAUUAUUAAAACUGUGCACAGGAGAUGAUGUCAUGAUUCAAUUCCUGCAUGGCACUACAAAAGAGAAAAAGGUUUUUGGAACAUGUCAAGGUAUGCUUCUUGAGCAGUACUUAAAUAAAAAUACUGACACUUGCAAUGGCCCGAUGACCUCGACUGCUCUCCAGGGUCACGUAACAACAUUGUCCGACCAGAGCAUGUUGUCAUUACAACCCUCGACUCCACAACACACCUUGCAAAAUUUAGAUGCUGCACUCAAUGCGUUGACACCCUCUGCACCAAUUGAAACAGCAUCAACCGAUAUUGACGAAAACACUUGUCAAUUAUGUCGAGCCAAGCACGACACAGAGGACGAUUUAGACUCAGCUUGGAUUGGUUGCAGUGCAAGAGGGUGCAAGUAUUGGGUGCAUGCUCUAUGCUUAGGUUUUACCUGUAAAAAGGUAGAAAACUUUGGGAAUUUUUGGUGUCUGACACACAUAAAAAGACAUGUUACUUCGACCAGAAGAAAAUUAAAACACUAACACUCUACAAAAAUUUUUUUAAAAAAACUUUAUUUUGUUAACUUAUUUUGUUCGAUAAUCAGAUUAUUUUGUUGCUUGUAUAGUC